CCCAGGGUCAGAUUAUGCAUUAAAAUAGAUUAACAAAAAUCGUUUCCAACUCAACAAGAUUAACAAUGAAACUCACUGCCGCUGUACCCCUUCUCUUUAUUGCUGCCUCAUCUGUGCACGCCGCAACUGCCCAGCCAAACCAGGAUGGUAGUCUGACUCUCCAGAGCGUGGAGGAGGCCUUCUUCGGAGGCUUCAAUCUGGCCAUAGAGAAGGCCACCCGUGCUGCAGCCGAUUUGGGCCUGAGCCCAAAGGAAGUUGCUGAAGCGCAGGCUAUCCUUGAUAAAUUUCGUCCGAACGUCAUUACCGUGCUGAUAGCCCUCAAGCAGUAUGUUGACAAGUCCGUGGCCUCGCUUAUUGGUAUUCUGCAAACAAAGUUCUAAGCCAACUUUAAAGACUGUGGCAACUGCAAGAAUAUAUCUAGUUUUAACAUAUUUAUGUCAC